AUGAACACUCCAACAAGCUGUACAUCUCUAUGGUUUCUUGUCCUAUUAUUUUGCUUCCUUCUCUGUUUUCAUGUAGGUACAUGUGUGUCCAUAACGCCGCAAUAUACCACCCUGACUGUGGCUGGAAGCAUGUACAUGGAUACAAUUUCAGACCAUUAUGCAUUGAGUGAAUAUGUCCCAUUGAGUAAACCCAGUGCUGCAGUCAUGAAUGAAAAGAAUGAAUUAUUUGUUGCAGACACCAAUCAUCAUGUCAUUCGUGUCUUAUAUCCAAAUUCAACCUCAAGGGUCUAUGCUGGUUUAGGAACAGCAGGAUUCAAUGGAGAUGGUAUGCAUGCAUUACUCACUCAAUUCCACACUCCAAUAGGUUUAAGUUUAACUCCGAAUGGAGAUUUAUAUGUGGCUGAUUCGGGUAAUGGAAGGGUAAGAAAGAUAUCAGCCUCUACUCGGAUAGUUACCACUCUAAUUUCAAAUCAAGAACUCUCUACACCGGUCGGAGUGUUUGCCAUGACGAAUGGAGAUGUUUAUGUAACGGACUCAACGAAAGGCUUAGUGAAACAUUACAAUGCAACCACAGGAAUAGUUUCAUUAGUAGCAGGGGGUGGCUCUGCUUCUCGUAAUGGAGCUCUUGCAACAAAUACCAAGUUAGUUUCUCCGUAUGGAAUUCAUGUAAUGGAAAUGUUACUACUGUCUUCUAUUCUCAAGUUACUGCAGUUUUUCCGACAAGUCAAAGCUCAACAACAGGUUUCAUCUAUUGUGCAAAUUCAGCAUUCAUAUUUAAAAUCAACGCAACAACAUCAAGCAUGA